CCUCAAAGUGACAAGGUCAAGCAGCAGACAUUGAGGAAAAACAAGAGACUGGCAGAGGGCAAAAACAACUCCCCAAAGACCUGGAUGGCCGACUACUUAUUCAAAUGUCACUCAGCAACAGCAGGGAGGCAUCAAGAGAGCUAUAAAAAUAAUGGAAAUGGUUGCUGGAGCGAGGAGAAUUACUCAAAGGCGGCUAUUAGGAGCAGUGUUUGAAGCAGAUUGGAAAACUGGUGGAGAAGCCGAGAUGCAUUAAAGCUUGGAUUAUCAAAGAAAUCCGCCUUUCAUCGACCCCAGACUCUGGACUACAAGAAUGGCUAUCCUCUGGCUCAGCGCCUCUCCAUGGGGAUCGGCCAGGAACUUCAUUUGUCCGAACAGCUCAGCACAACAGCCCAGCAUCUCAGUGAUCUUUCCUUUGGGAUGCCAGGAGAAGAUCCGUAUGGCGCUUCUGACCGGAAAGUCUAUGAGCCUUUUAAGCCAGUUUAUGUGGCUCUGGACAAGAAGGUGCUGUGCUUCAAGGCAUUCUUUAAAGAGGAAUUCUUGAAUUCCUCUGAAGAAUACCGUGUGUGUCCAGUGGUCAUCUAUUAUCACCUGGAGGACGACACUAUGACCAUUGUGGAGCCCAAAGAGGAAAACUCCGGGUUCGAACACGGAAAGAGGCUCAAACGGCAGAAAAUACCAAAGAAUGACCACGGAGAGUAUUACCUGUGGAAAGACCUCAACAUUGGUAUGGAUCUGAAGGUGUAUGGCUUCACAUACCACAUCACACAGUGUGAUGACUUUACAAAGGAGUUUAUGGAAAGUGAAGGGAUCAUUUUGAACGAACCAGAGCCAACACCGGAAGAUCCUUAUAUCAAAAAACGCAAAGGCUCACCACAGCCUCACACUCAGCCUUCCACAACUGACAAGCUGCACCAGUUUCUCACCAUGGAUGGAAAGGUGCUCAGUUUCUCUGCUCUGGGGGAGGAUGUGAACCGUCAGUACACUUUGCCGGUUACCAUCCACUAUUUCCUCGUUGACGAUACUGUGGAGAUCAGAGAGGUGGUCUACAAAGGCAGAAGACAGAACCAUUUCCCUGUUGUGAUGCGCAGAGUGAAAAUACCCAAAAAAAUGAAAUCAGAAACGUUCCCCACCUGUGUGAUGGAGAUCUCUCACCUAGAUGUAGAUGAGUACUACUCCCCCAAAGACUUUCAGCUAGGCCAAACGGUUACACUACUCGCCCGUUCCUUCUUGCUGUGCGACUGUGACGACUUCACCAAAAAGUAUUACAAGGAGAACCACCCAGACAUGGAAAUGAAACCCUUGGAGGUGCCAGAAAAGGUGGACACACCUCAAAAAGAGAAGUUAAAAAUGGCUGCUCCACAGAAGAAUCCUCCCAAAGUGGAAAAGAACCUCGAGAAUCUCAACAAAGUAUUACGCUACAAAGCCAAGCUGGUGUCUCCAUAUCCAGAAGACAAAGAUCGUUCUUUCAUCUUAAUGUACUCUCUCUUCAAUCAAACAAUCAGCAUCUUUGAAAAGGGCACGUCCAGUUUUGACUCUGGGUUCUUACUGAGGAACAGACAUGUUCCCAAGCCAGGUUCAAGCCAGGAAAACCCAGACUUAUACUCACCUGCAGACUUUGCUAUUGGAGCCACGUCAUUUCUUUUCUUUUUGUCUGUAGUUUUUAGUCACCGCUUCAUCCUGACAGAUGCUGACCUCUAUGUGCUCAAAUACCUGGAGUCCAUCUCAGACCAGGUCCCAUCUCAAACACUGGAUUCUCUGCGACAGAAGUUAAGCACUCAAUCUAAUAAUGGUGAAGAAGUAAAAUCAUCUCAUGUUUCUCAAGUUUUCUGAUCCAAAGACCAGAUGUGCUAGGAAUUUUGCAAAAUGUCUCUAAUAAACGAAUUGCAUCUAAA